AUGGCGAAGCUUAAAACAAUCAUCAAGAAGUUGGAGGUCCCAGACGAGGGCACCGUCUCCGAUAGGUGGAUUAACAACGACAUCAAACCUAUCGAGGAGGGAAGAAGGACAUGGACGUUCUGGACGUUUCAUAAUCUAUGGGUUUUAACCAACACAAACAUCUCAACAUACAUGACUGGAAGUUCCUUGAUCGCACUGGGCCUGACAUGGUGGCAAGCAAUCAUUGCAAUCAUCGUCGGCGCCAUCCUCUCCACCGUCUUCAUCGUCCUGAACUCGAUGCCAGGAGCCUACUACCACCUCGGUUUUCCUAUUGCCAAUCGCUACGUCUGGGGCAUGUACGGCUCAAGCUUCGUCAUCUACAACCGCAUCCUGCUCUCUCUGGUGUGGUAUGCCGUUCAAGCCUGGAUCGGCGGACAAUGUGUCUACGUUUGUCUGGAAGCCAUCUGGCCAAACCUCGAAGAACGCAUUCCCAACCACAUCCAUGCGACAGGAUUGACGUCUGCCACCUUCCUGUGCUACGUCAUCUUCUGCCUGAUCUCGUUGCCCCUGAUCUGGAUCAGGCCUCAUAAGCUCAAAGCGUUCCUAUACGUCGGUGUGGCAUGCAUUCUCGUCUUCGAAGUCGUCUUGCUCAUCUGGGCUCUGGCCACCAUGGACGGGUUCGGCGACACAAUUUCCUCCAAGCCGGCAAUCCAGGAUACAUCAGUGGGCUGGAUGAUCUUAUACGGCAUCAUCAGCGCCAUUGGAGGCAUCGCAGCAGGUAUCUUGAAUCAGUCGGACUAUGCGAGGUUCGCGAAACGGCCUAAAGAUGCCAUCUGGGGCCAAAUUGCAAGUGCCGCGACAUAUUCCAUCAUCAGUUCCGUCAUCGGCAUUCUAGUCACCGCAGCCACACAGCAACGAUACGGCGAGCCUUUGUGGUCGUUGCCAAGUCUCUUGGUUGCCAUGAUGAGAGCCGGACACGGCCGUAGUCGUGCUGCGGGAUUCUUUGCCGGCGCGGCUCUGGUAAUUUCGCAAUGGGGGAUCAAUAUUCCAGGCAACGCUCUCAGUGGUGGUUUCGAUCUGGCUGCCACAUUUCCGACCUUCAUCAAUAUUCGAAGGGGAGCUUACAUUACGGCGUUACUGAGCAUGGUAGUGAACCCGUGGCAAUUACUUGCUAGUGCGUCGACUUUCUUGGCUGUAUUGAGCAGUUAUGGUGUCUUUCUUGGACCAAUGGUCGGUCUCAUGAUCUCAAGUUAUUAUAUUGUAAACAAGAGAAAAAUAAAGGUCGACGAUCUAUUCCGCGGGAACCGAGAGAGCAUAUAUUGGUACACCUGGGGCAUCAACUGGCGUGCACCCAUUGCUUGGGUACUAGGUGUCUUCCCCAGCAUGCCUGGCUUCGUCAGCAACGUCAACAACUCAAUCACCGUGUCCGUCGGAUGGACCAGAGUCUAUUAUAUUUCGUUCUUGGUGGGCUUUUCCAUCGCAGCCGUCACCUUUGUUGCGCUGCAUCAUUUCUUCCCGGCUCAGGGAGUCAAGGACUUCGUGGCCAGACCCGACACCGCGAAGGAGACAAUGCUAGAUGCCCAAACGAGGUGGGACAACGAAGGGGUCGCGACCCAGAGUGUGUUGCCGAAGGACGUGCAGGACAUAGAGACGUUGCCGAAGGAUAUCUGA